CCCUUACAUCUCCGAACAUUUAACGUCCGCCACCAUGCUGCGCGUCGUGCCCCGCUUCAACCAGACUGCUCGCCGCGUGGCUACAACCGCCACCAAGUCUUUUGUCGGCGUCCAUAGCGCGCAAUGUCGCUGUGGCAAUUGUGCGCAACAUGCCAUGGGCUGCACGUGCCCGCGAUGCCAGUCACGUUCGUUCUCGGUCAACUCGCAGACCAAGUACACGAUUCCGAAGACGCAGACGGCUGUGGUCUUUGACAAGACAAACGGCCCGUUAACGGUUCGCAAGGACUGGCCUGUGACGCAGCAGAAGGACUUGAAGCCCGGUGAAGUGCUGGUGCGACUGGCGUACAGCGGCGUUUGCCACUCCGACCUGCAUAUCUGGAAGGGUGACUUCCCACUCGAACCCAAGUUGCCCUGUGUCGGUGGCCACGAAGGUGCCGGCUACGUCGCUGCCAUCGGUGAUCACACGCGCUCGAACCUGAAAGUCGGAGACCCGGUUGGUGUCAAGUGGAUUGCCAACUCGUGUCUGGGCUGCGAAGACUGCCGCAAGGGCCACGAGCACACCUGUCCAGCGGUUGACCAGCACGGCUUCACGGUGGACGGGUCGUUCCAGCAGUGGUGCGUCUCGUUCGCAGAUCAUGUAACUCCAAUUCCGUCAGAUCUGAACAUGGCUGCUGCGGCUCCGAUCUUAUGUGCCGGUGUUACCGUCUACAAGGCGAUGAAGGAGAUCGGCGGUGUAUGCGGCGAUUCCGUUGUCAUUCCCGGCGCUGGCGGCGGUCUGGGCCACUACGCUUGCCAAUAUGCGCGCGCUAUGGGGUACCGCGUCAUCGCUAUUGACACUGGCGCGGAUAAGCGCAAACUCAUCGAGUCGUACGGCAUCAAGGACUUCAUCGACUUUAAGGACGGCAACGUCCGUGAAAAGGUCCUCGCUGCCACUGACGGCCGUGGUGCGCACGCUACGGUUGUGGUUGCGUCCAACCCGGAAGCGUACAACGACGCUCUUUCGUUCCUGCGUCCACACGGCGCCGUCGUGAUGGUCGGUCUACCCAAGGAUGCCAAGGUCACGGCGGACGUCUUUGGUUCAGUGUUGAACGCCCACCGCAUCAUCGGAUCCUACGUUGGCAACCGCCAGGACUCGAUCGAAGCGCUUAAAGUUGCUGCCGGUGGCGACGUGUCCACGAAUUACUCUAUCGAGAAACUCGACAAUCUACCCAGUGUCUUUGAGCGUAUGGAGGCUGGUAAACUCGCUGGUCGUGUGGUGCUGGACUGUGCGUAAGCCACACUCCGGCUUCGAGCAAGUGUGGUGAAUCUGUGUCUGCGUAAAAAGGAAGAGAUGAAUCGCGUGAAGGCUAAUGACCAAGCGAAAAACUAUCCCCUUAUCGUUUUUAUUCAAUACAUGACCUGCG